AUGUGGGCGAAAAUAAACGGAUCCAAAAAUGUUUCUGCUAUUUCCUUUGCCCCUGAGCAGAAAGCAGACGCCGAAGCAACAACAGCGCUGCCAGCAACAGCAAUAGAGGGACCGCUAGACCGACCGACCGAGCUGCGAGCGAGCGCAACUUCAUCGGAACACCUUUAUCGGCGACGUGACUCUUUUGCCAUUCCUUUCCUUCCCAUCUACACUUCGCCUCCUCUUACAUUCACUUCUCUUCCCUCCCUCACCUGGCAUACCGAUAGCUGCCAUCCCAACAACCUCCCGCACGCAUCCCACCACCUGCGUCUCUCCGUCUUUCUCACUCUCCUGCGCAACCCGUUGCCGAACAGAGACAACAAACAACGAACAACCACACGCCACACACAAAGCCGGCCCAUCAUGGACGUCGCGCUCGAGCUCCUCGACCCAUUGGUCCUGGACAAGGCCUACGCCUACUUCGUCCCUGCGCCCACCACUGCCAACACCGGCGCAUACAACGCGACCGGCGACGCCUUUGCCUCAUCAUCACCACUAGACCUCUCGAACUCGUAUGGCUCCGCCUGGCCCCGCGAUAGUAUCCUCCGUCAAACCAUCUCCAUCCUCGCCAUCACCCAGCUGGGCGCCUGCGCCCUCUACUGGAUCUUCAGUCCGCUGUCUUAUUACCUCAUCUUUGACCGCCGCCUCGAAUAUCACCCGCGCUUCCUCAAGAACCAGAUCCGCCAGGAGAUGAUCUCCUCCAUGAAGGCCGUCCCCGUUAUCAACAUCCUGACUUUGCCAUUUUUCCUCGCCGAGGUUCGCGGAAAGAGUCUGCUGUACACCCAUGUUGAGGAGUAUGGUCUCUGGUGGAUGGCCAUUUCAGCUACCAUUUUCAUGGUCUGGAACGAUAUUGCCAUUUACUGGAUUCACCGCCUCGAGCACCACCCCGCCGUCUACAAGUACAUUCACAAGCCACACCACAAGUGGAUUGUGCCUACGCCUUGGGCUGCCCUCGCCUUCCACCCCCUCGACGGCUACGUUCAAUCUCUGCCCUACCAUGUCUUCGUCUUCUUCUGCCCUAUCCAGAAGUACCUCUACAUGGGCCUUUUCGUCCUCGUUCAAAUCUGGACCAUUCUCAUUCACGACGGCGACAUGAUUUCGGGUCACUGGCUCGAAAAGUACAUCAACAGUCCCGCCCACCACACCCUCCACCACAUGUACUUCACCGUCAACUACGGCCAGUACUUCACCUGGGCCGACAACUACUUUGACUCCCAUCGCGCGCCCCAGCCCGAGCUCGAUCCCCUCCACGACGCCCUCAAGGUCAUGCGCGCCAAGGGUCUUGUCGACGAAAAGGGAAACCCCAUUCCACAGGAGCAGAAGAAGGAUCUAUUUUCUUCAUUUCCCGGAAAGCAUCGGAAGGCUCCCCCAAAGAGCGAGCGAGCCUCCAACGACCUUCCCCCGUCCACCACAGGUUUCUGGUGGGCUUUUGACACAUUCCUCAUGGCGAAUGAGCAUUGCAUAUCUAAAAUAAUCAUAAUUAAGCGAAUACCAAUGGCAUAUCACAUCUUCAAACUCAUUUUCCCUCAACAGCAACAGCAAUUGAUUUUGAUUUUCACCAACUGGCUGGCCUCAGCGCCGGCUGCGCCUGCCUCACUGACGCGUUCCCGUUGGGCGGAUGAUCCACGGAUAGCUCUGCGGGGAAGUGAGAGGAAGUCCAAGGGUCCCGUUGUCGGUCUGCCUACCUCCCAGUCUCGAAUUCUCAUCUGCGGAGGAGCCGAGUUGGCGCCGGCACGCGGGGUGAUUCACCCCACGUCUAAGAUGACGAUUGAAGUUACGGAUCUCACAGAGGCGGAUAUUCCAGGGGCGGUUAAAGCAGUGCACGGCGACCCGUACAAUGUCUGGGUAUACGAUCAAUCAAAGUUCAACCAGAAACGAAACUACGAGUCCCUAGCUCUGCGUAUGAGAUGGGGCAUGCGCAACGGCAUAUUCCACGUCGCAAAAGAACAAGGCAGUGAUGAGGUCCUCGGCGUAGCAAUGUGGCUUCCUCCACAGCCUGCCGACGCGCCGCCGACGUGGAAUGAUUGGUUUGAGGGGUGGCGGCUUUGGUUCGGACAGCGAUACUACAUCUGGAAAGAAGCCCAAGCCAAAGCCCAGCGCGAGAUCUGGACCGACCCUAGGGGAUACUACUUCCUCAACAUCAUGGUCGUGCUGCCUUCCGCUCAGGGCAAAGGUGUAGGCGCAAAGAUGAUGAAGGCUGUUACGGACCGGGCUGAUGAGGAGGGUGUGAAGUGUUAUUUGGAGUCUAGUAAGGAUGUGCCGAAUGUAAAGAUUUAUGGGCGGUGGGGGUUCGUGUUUGAGAGGGAGAUGAUUUGUGAUGAUGAAGGGGAUGCGAUUCGGUUGUUUACCAUGGGCGAAAACCGUGUAUUCAUCCAGAUCGAACUCUUGGAAAUCAUCAUCUUUAGCAAUGCAUACCAAAUCAAGGGGCGGAUGCCUCAGAUGCAAGUCGAAAAAGGUAUGGAUACUACCAAAUGCGACGAGAGGAAACCUGGAUGCGCCCGGUGUGAGGAGAGAGGAAUUCAGUGCCCCGGCUACGCCCUCAACGUGCGCUGGUCGCGAAAGCACCAAGUCCGCGUCGAUCAAAAGGCCGCAGCUGAAGGCUCACCCAGACAACGAGGAUCUCGAGAGCCCGCAUCUCAAACAAGUCCACAGCCCAUCGAAACCGCUUCGCCAACCUCAAACCAUGUCGACACUAACGUGCUGCAACACGUGGACCCAUGGCUCGCAAAUCCCUUACAGUGGGAUCUUCCUGCUCUGCCACAGGAGAUGCCCUCCCUUGAUGCUUCGUCGUGCGCUUUGCUUCUUAGCAGCCAGAAUGUGAAUCUUACAACGCCAUUCUGGGAUGCGCCUUUUAUUAGCUCAGCCUGGACUGUUGAUGGCCACAGCCCGACGACGUCGUCAUCUCAAGCUGAGGACCGGGAGAUGGAUCAUCUGUUCCAGAGUGAGAGCUCCGCAGCCAAUGUUCAGGAGAAUAGUAUUCCGCCCCCGUUCGAUAAUACUCAAUCCACGUCAUGUAAACAAUUCUUAGCGAGUAGCCCACGAGAGCUCGCCCAUCUGCCAACAUCGCUCUCCGAAUACUUCUUCCGUGAGGUCAUCACGCUCUACUGCGCAUGGGACAGCAAGACAAACGUGAUGCGCAACAUCGUCGAGACAAUGUGGCAGUCCUCCGGCGCCUUAUAUCACACCAUCCAGAGCAUGGCCGCCGCCUGCCUCUCAGAAGACUUUCCGCACCUCCUGCCCGUCGCCCGGAGAGAACACGGCGACGCCCUCAGACUCAUCCGCGAUCGACCCUCGGCGCUACCUUUAUCAACCUCAAUGACAACAACACACAAGCGGGCCAUGCUUCUCUCAUCAACGCUCCUAGGCCACACAUCAAGCUGGCUUAGCCCCCAGAACCUCGCAACAGACAUGUUCAGAGCAAGCUGCAGCAUGCUCAAAGACGUCUCCGCCGAGACGUGCGGCAGCGACGCAGACGCGAGCUUGUCUUUCUUCAGCGACACCAUGGACUACUGGGCCAUGCUCCUCGCCUACCUGACAGACAGCACCCAACUGGGCGACUACCACCACACCACAUCCAUCGGCCCGGCGGACCCGUCGAAGUCUAUUGAGCCGCACCCUUACUCGGGCAUAUCCCACGCCACUGUCCGACUGCUCACCGACACGGGCAUCCUCAUCUUCCAGUACCGAAAACACAUGGCCUCCGUGAAGUUCCUCACCGAGACGGACCUGGACGUCUUCCGCGCCGCUCUCCGCUCCGCAAGACAACUCGAGCGCGCGUUUCUUGCGCAUCGUCCGCCGGACCUAUCUCGCGUCACGGAUCCAGGCGAUCCGAAAACUCCGCUGCGGCAUCUGGAGCUUAUCGACGAGGCGUACCGGUGUACCGGUCUCUUACAGCUGUACCGCGUGUUUCCAGAUUUGUUGAAUGAGCGGUAUGCACCGUGGGACCGGGAGCGGCUCCUACGUCCGGUUCCGAUAUCUGCCGCCGCGGGAUCGGGGUUAGACAGCGACAAGGUCCCCUCGGCGAGAGAGAGGAGGACGUGGCUGACGAAGCUUGCAAUGUACAUCCUCGGUAUCCUGCGAGAUAUACCCUUUGAAUCCCGGACGCGAAGCGCACAGCCUUUCAUCAUGGUGGCAAUCUCGAGCGAGUUGAGGAGGGAGCCGCAACACCUACGGCAGCCUGAUGCUAUGUACGGUGAGGCCGGGGCGGAUGUGCUGGAUAUCGACCCCGCGUCUAUCGAGGUGGCGAGGGCGCGCAAGUUUGUGCGGUCGCGGUUGGCGGCUUAUACGCACAUUUUGCCGCUUCGGAAGAGUCGGGUCAUUUCUGAGUUGAUUGAUCAUACGUGGGCGGCGCUGGAUGCUGGUGAGGAGGAUGUGUAUUGGCUCGAUAUCGCGCGUGAGAAGAAUCUCGGGACGAUGAUGGGCUAA